UCUACAAACAAAACUUCUCUUUGCACAAGUUGCGAACGAAAAAAUAUUAUUUAACUUUAUUUUGUAAAAUAUAAUGGCCGGUGAAUUCUCUGACCACACUGUGGUGAUAAAAUGGAUGUUACACGAUUGGAGUGAUAAAGAGUACAUACUAAGUGUGGAAAAAGAUGGCACGGUGGCAGACCUAAAGAAAAAGAUAAAAGAUGCAAUCGGUCUUCUCCCAGAAAGACAGGAAUUAUGCGGUUUAAGAUUAAAAAACAAGACGAAAAGAAUCCUCAGUGGUGGGAAACCUCCAGGGGAUGAUGUGUGUUUAAAAGAUUUGAAGUUAAAACCUACCACCAAAAUCAGGGUGAUGAGAAAGCUGGAUAAAGUGAAGGAAGCUCAAGAGUAUCUGACAGGAGUGGAGAGUGAUUCUGACAUAGAAGAGGAAGAGAUAUCAAAGGAAAGCAGAGAAGAGUACCUUUCCAAACUAGACAGACACAUCAAAGACUAUAAAAUCAAUGUACUAAAUGAACCAAGGCAAGGGAAGAAACUCUUGGUGUUGGACAUUGACAAAACUUUGUUUGAUCACAGAUCUGUAGCUGAAACUGCUAAGGAAUUAAUGAGGCCAUACCUACAUGAAUUUCUGCAGUCAGCUUAUGAGGACUAUGACAUUGUAAUAUGGUCUGCUACGGGGAUGGAUUGGGUAGAGGUCAAGAUGAAGGAACUAGGGGUAACUUCAAAUCCCAACUACAAGAUCUGCUUCAUGUUGGAUCGUCCUGCCAGGAUCAGUGUCCAUACACCUAAAUAUGGAAUCAUUGAGGCGAAGGCACUAGGAGUGAUUUGGGGCAAGUAUGAACAAUGGAGUGCCAAAAAUACAAUUAUGUUUGAUGAUAUUCGAAGAAACUUCAUCAUGAACCCCCAAACAGGACUAAGGGUAUGUAAUUUAAAAUGCUUGUCACUUCUCCAUGUCACCUGAUCCCACCUUGAAGUUUUUAAAGGCCCUUAUUUGCUCUGCUCCCAAUGUGUUUUGUUUCAGUGGUAUUUCGAGGUUGUAAACUUUGUUAUCUACAUAUUUCAUUUAGAAAUAUAAGUUCCUCAACCAGUACCAGCUAGAAAUCUUUUUUUGGAACUUUUUUCAAGCCUCUAUCUGCAAGACUAAGUACAUGUCAAAAUCUCU